CAUAUCCCGAAAUAAUAUUUUCCCUCCACUUUCACCAGACUUUCUCUUGUUCCCAACGCAACAAAAAGUGAAGAAAUGCCUCUAACCCCCAACUAAACCUCCCAAUGGCGUUCUUGGAAAGUUUUGGCAAGAGCUACAAUAUUAUCGUCCUCCUGCUUGCAGUCUGGCUUCCCCUGCGCGCACUCACUUUUCACCAGACGGCCAUGGAUCCUAUCUCUCAGCCGGCAUCCUUCAUCCUGGAUUUCGAUGGCACAAUUACAACUAAAGACACCAUUGAUUUCCUGUUCAAGUCGGCCCUCUCAUUCCACAAGGAAAAGGGACACGAUAUGACAAAAGCUUGGCAGGAAAUCAUUGCGGCUUAUGGACAAGACUACGAGACUCAUGUCGGAAGGUACAAACCCCCCAAAGAGGAGAGAAACACGAUCGAGAAAGAAGUCGAGUUCUACAGGAGUCUAAGGGAAGUAGAGGAAAGGAGUUUUGAGCGCGUGAGCAAAUCCCGCAUUUUCAAAGGCAUAAGUGAAGAGAAAUGGGAAGAACUCGGAAGCCAGGCUGUGAAAAAUGGAGAGGUAAUAUUGCGGGAAGGGUUUAGCCAGUUUAUUGAAAGCGUCAAGAGUGCAAAGUCAAGAUGGGGAGUGGUUUCGGUCAACUUCUCAAGCGCCUUUAUUCGAGGGGUCUUGGGCUCAAUUAUAGGACCGGAGAGCGAGGAGAUUAGGAUUCUGGCGAAUCAACCGGAUGAGGACGGGGUUUUGAAGGGGCCGAAGACAAGAGAAGGCAUACCCGGAAAACUUAUGGCAACUUCGGAUGCUAAGCUUGCUUCCAUGAAUGAUCUGAAAAGAUCGUGGAAUAUGGGAGCGAACAAAGUGGUAUAUAUUGGUGAUUCAGGAACUGAUAUCGAGUGCUUGGUGAGUGAUGGUGUAAUUGGGAUAAUCAUAUCAGAGGAUGGAAAAAGCAGUCUGAUGCAGACCAUGAGACGUAUAGGGAUGGAAGUCUUUCACAUUGGAGAGUAUAAGGAGAAGGCCAGGUCGAUAUAUUGGGCACGUGAUUUCUUGGAGAUUGCUCGAAGCCCCUUGUUCAAGUAGCAUUUAGAUUCAGAAUUCAAAAUUGGUGAUUUGCAGUGUGAUGAAGUGAAGAUAUCUCUACGUCACAGUAUGAUCAUUGUGCUAUGCGACUAUUUAAGUGAGUGCUCGAUCAACUUCUUGUAACCCUCCACCGCUGUCUCCAGGUCUGAUACCUUCAGAUGCUCAUGGUCUGAAUGGGCAACCAAAAUGGACCCGGCGCCA